AUGCCAGAAAUGGACCAUUUGAAAUCUAAAAAUCAGUAUUGGUUACCGAAUUUAAGAAGUUGGGCAACAGAUGGUACCAAGCGUCCCUUGCUCUCAGACAGUGAAGAGAGAAAUAUCUUUUUGAUGGGUCCACCCGGCGCUGGAAAAACGACCGUGGCGAAGGUGUUAGGUAAACUAUUAGAAAAACAUGUAAUGGAUAUCGAUGACGAUUGGUUAGAAAUCCAUUGGAAAACAAGUGUUGCCGAUAAAUUAGCUGAAUUAGGUGAUGAAGGAUUUUUAGAAGCGGAAGGCGAGGAAAUGUUAAAAUUUCAGAAGAAAAACUAUGUUGUAUCCCUAACAGGUUCAAAUGCAUUACACUCUCGUUCAAUGGAACACCUUUCGAAAAGUGGGAUCUUUAUUUAUCUUGAUGUACCAACGAGUUUAAUACUAAGUCGAUGUAAAUUAAUGAAAAUUGAUCGAAUUGUAGGACAGAGUACAAAAAGUCUCGCUGAUAUAUUAGCGUAUCGACAAAGUAUAUACGAGAACAGUUAUGAUAUUAGAAUUAUUGUAAAUGAUGGACAAACACAGAUUGAUAUUGCCCAUGUUAUAUGUAGAGAAUUGAACAAAUUGCAAAAAUAUGUUAGUACACGGGGAUUUCAAAAUGAAAAUAGCUUAGAAUUUAUUGAUGUUGCAAAACGUGGAUUAUCACCAGACAGAGGACUUUUCGUUCCAAUUUCAUUUAGUCCUUUGUCAUUGGCAGAACUGGAGCGUUUAAGUGGUCUAUCGUAUCAGGAGAAAGCAUUACGAGUCAUCGAACGUUUUCCGUUAGGAACAUUACAUCCAUCUCAAUUGCGUUCAAUUAUCUACAGUGCUUAUGGUACAUUUUUACACGAUGAUGUGUUACCAGUUACUCAUUUAAGGAAAAAUCAAUAUUUAAUAGAAACCUAUUUUGGUCCAACAGCCUCGUUUAAAGAUUUAAGUUUACAACUGUUACCAAGAUUAUUGAAUGUAGUAACUGAGAAUGAUGGAGUACGACAUGGCUUAUUAGUUGCAACAUCAGGAGAUACUGGCACCGCCGUAUUAGACGGUUUUAGUCGUUUACCAAAUAGUCCGAUCGUUGUUCUGUAUCCAAAAGAUGGUGUUUCAAUCGUACAGAAGGCUCAAAUGCAAACGGCAACGGGUCCUGUAUGCGUGCUCGGUGUUGAUGGUGAUUUUGAUUUCUGUCAAACAAUGGUGAAAGACAUAUUCAACGAUUCAACAUUAAAUGAAGAAUUUGCCAAGAUUGUUCCAUACUUACACUUUUCGUCUGCUAAUUCAAUCAAUUGGGCUAGGUUUUUACCCCAAGUAGUUUUCACAGUUAGUUCUUAUUUAAAACUAGUUGAACAAAAUAUCAUCAAAUUAGGUGAACCAAUCGAUGUUUGUAUUCCAACGGGCAAUUUUGGUAACAUAUUAGGUGCCGUGUAUGCUCGUCAUCUAGGUUUACCAUUAAGAAGAUUAAUAGCUGCUUCCAAUGUAAACAAUGUUAUUGCCGACUUUGUUAAAACUGGUGUCUACGAUUUGAGAACACGUCAAUUUAUGCAUACAAUUACCCCGAGUAUUGAUAUACUAAUCAGUUCGAAUUUGGAACGAUUUAUAUAUUUAAUAACAGAUAGUGAUUAUACCAUUGUGAAACAAUUAUUUGAAGAUUUGGAACGCAAUCACUUCUUUAAAGUUGGUCCCGAAUUGCAUUCUAAAAUUCAAUCUGAAAUCUCGGCUGGUUGGACAUCAGAAGCUGAAUGUUUAAAGACAAUUGCUUCCGUUUACAAGGAAACUGGAAAAUUUAUUGAUCCUCACACGGCUGUAGCAGUUCAUGUUGCUAGCUCCUAUGAUGAUAGUGAGAAUGUACCCAUGUUAAUUUCUUCAACAGCACAUUAUGCAAAAUUCCCAACAGCAAUGUUAACCGCUUUACAAGAACAACCCACACAAACAACAGAUAUGAAUGUAAUGUUUGACAUUUUACGAUCAUUGCCGCAUCAUCCCUCAUCAAAUAUUCAUCCAGAAUUAGAAAAAUUAUCAUUAAAAACGUGUGUUCAUACAAAAAAUGUAGCCGCAAAUAAAGAAGCCAUUGUCGAAGAAAUUAAACAGUUUUUAAAACAGUUUUCGACACAAAUAGUUGGCAAACAACAAUUAUGA